AUGAUUUGGACCAUUACUGACUUUCCUGCCUAUGCGAUGGCUUCUAGAUGGAUGACAAAGGGUUAUCUAGCAUGUCCAAAUUGUAACAAAGAAACAUGUUCUUGUUAUUUGAAACACGGACGGAAGUUGUGUUAUUUGGGAAGUCGUAUGUUUUUGUCACUAGAUCAUGUUUUUAGGAAGCGGUACAAGCAGUUUAAUGGUGAGAAGCAAGAUAAAGGGCCACCAAAGCAGUUGACAGGUGAUGAUAUUCUGGAACAACUUAACCGCAUACCCGAGGUUAGUUUCGGAAAGGGACCAAAUAACAAAAAGCGAACUCGUGAAAAUUUUGAACUUAACUGGACAAAGAAGAGUAUUUUCUUUGAACUACCUUAUUGGCAAACCUUUUUGUUGCGGCACAACCUAGACAUUAUGCAUAUAGAGAAAAACAUAUGCGAUAAUGUGUUGGGGACAUUAUUGGACAUUGAAGGUAAAACGAAGGAUACAUUCAAAAGUCGGUUGGAUUUAGAAGCAAUGAAGAUUAGAAAAGAACUGCACCUCAAGCGUAAUGGUGAAAAAUUUGAGAUGCCACGAGCGCGCUACACAUUGUCAAAGAAUGAUAAAAAGCAAUUGUGUGAAUGGCUAAAAUCAGUUAAGUUCCCAGAUGGCUAUGCCUCGAACAUAAGUCGGUGUGUGAAUGUUAAUAAUUGUAAGAUAUCUGGAUUGAAAAGUCAUGAUUCACACGUUCUCUUACAGUGCUUCCUCCUCAUAGCUAUACGAGGAUUCUUAGAUUCGGAUAUUUGUAACGCAAUAGCAGAGCUUGGUUUAUUCUUCAAGGAAUUGUGUUGUCGAACUGUUAAAAUGGAUGUCUUAGAGGCAAUGGAAAGGGACAUUGCUAUUAUACUAUGCAAGUUGGAGAUGAUAUUUCCUCCGUCAUUUUUUGACAUUAUGGUGCACUUGGCUCUGCAUUUGCCGCGUGAAGCCAUUAUUGCUGGCCCCGCACAAUAUCGAUGGAUGUACCCCAUUGAAAGAUUUUUGCAUACCCUCAAACUGUACGUGCGUAACAAAGCACGUCCUGAAGGGUCCAUUGCUGAAGCUUACUUAGAUAAUGAAUGCUUGACAUUUUGUUCAAAAUUUCUCGGAGGGAUUGAGACACGGUUCAAUCGAGAAGAAAGAAAUAAUGAGGGGGAUUGCAACAAUAAUUGGACCACUAUUUCAGAUCUAAAGCAAGUAGUUCGACCUCUAGGGGCGCAAAGUUUGGAGAUAUUGUCUCGUGAGGACAUGGAAAUGGCUCGAUUGUACGUGUUACAAAAUUCUGGAGUAGUUGAGUCAUACGAAGAAUUCCAUACUAAGGAAAGGGAACAAAACCGACGAACGCAGAAUUGUGGUGUGUUAGUGAAAGGAGAAUGUGAAGAUUACUACGGUAAACUAACAGAUAUCAUUGAGUUACGAUAUCCACUGGGUAGACAAAUCUUCCUUUUCAAAUGUGAUUGGUUUGAUGUUAGGAUUGCUAUACAUAAGGAUACCUAUUUUAAAAGCGUAAAUGUAGCCAGUAGAGCUUACAAAAAUGAGCCAUUUGUGUUAGCAAAUCAAGCAAAACAAUGCUUCUAUGUCAAAGACAACAAAUUUCAAGGGACAUGGGAAGUAGUUCAAGAUAUAACAAAUAGAAGCUCAUUUGAUGUACCUGAAAAAGAGGGUGAAGUAGUAGUAGAGGAUGAAAUGCUUAACACUGCAGCGUACCAAGAGAAUGAACCAAGCAUUAUGGAUAGGAUUGUUGAAGUGGACUUGGACAUGGAUCUACUCUCUUUGAACAGGGACGAUUUAGAGGGUGAAACCCUUAAUGCUGAAGUGAUUGAAAAAUGUAGUGGUGAAGCAGCAAUUAAUGACGACUUUUGGGUUGACGAGGAUGAUGAUAGAGAUGACGUUCAGUAUAAUUCAGAUGAGGAACCAGAACUGUUGUCCGAAGAUGAUACUGAUUUGGAUGACAUAUGA